GUCAUCAAUUUCAUCUAUUGCUAUGGAAUAGCGUGGAGUAGACAUUUCUUUGUAGCGGUGGCUGAAAAUUACAUAGCCAAAGGUUUUCCUGAGCCAAGAGGAGAGAUGGCGAAUCAACAGUAUAUCAUCUUUCUCUGUGGAAUGUUGGCUUUUAACGUAUUAGUACAAGGACGAAGGCAGAGUCAAGAUAUCAAGUGUGGAGCUUGCAGAGCAUUAGUUGAUGAAAUGGAAUGGGCCAUAUCUCAGGUAGAUCCUAAAAAAAUGAUCCAAACGGGAUCAUUCAGGAUAAAUCCUGAUGGAAGCCAGUCUGUGAAAGAGGUUCCUUUAGCCCGUUCUGAGGGCCAUCUACUUGAAGUGAUGGAAGAGGUGUGUGAGAAGAUGAAGGAUUACGGGGAGCAUGUGGAUUCGACGACUAAUCGCAAGAUCUACAUGCGACACACGUCACACGAUGGCACAGCCAUGGACCUCUCCGAUGUGACCUUGGACUCGAGAGUCAGCGCCAAUUUAAAGUUUGCUUGUGAAACAAUUGUUGAGCAGAACGAGGAUGAAAUAAUUGAAUUCUUUGCUCAUGAGACAGACAAUGUUAAAGACAAGCUCUGCAGCAAGAGAACAGAUCUUUGUGAUCAUGCACUGAAGAUACCUCAUGAUGAACUAUAACAAUAACAUCACAACAUUAUCUAAUAUGGAAAGAUAUAGCAGAGGAUCAGUAAUCUCACUCCAAAUCCAAGUUUGUCAUGUAGUGACUGUCUGGGGCCACUAGUUAACAAGUAAUCUGAUCAGAGCCAGGUUUUCCAAAAGUAUUGUAGCAUAAAGAUCAUUGUUAAAUGGUAGAGUGAGUAUCAGACUGAACCUUUCUGAUCCAUAAGAUGAUCUUAACAUUGAUGCUUUUGGAAAAUGGGGCCCUAACCUUUUCAGGUUCGAUUGCAUACUGAAAUGGCCUCAUUUCAUUGCAUAAUUUAGGAUGUAAUUGAAUUUAAAAGCUAUUGGCAACAGAUCAUUGCUUAUUUUAGAUGUGCAUUAAAAAAAAAUCUUGUUCUGGUUAUGUGUUGUGUACAGAUUGACUGACUGUUCUCUGAAUUUGGUUUUAGCAAGCCUUGGGUGCUAUGGACACACUGCUCAUUUUUCUGCUUGUUUGUUCAUCCACAGUGAAACACAGAAAUGAAAUCUAACUUGUAUUCCUGUUCACAGUGUUGACAACUGUAUGCAUUGUUCAUUUUGAAAAACUGCCUAGAGUAUUGUUUGUGACCUUCCCCACUGUUUACUUUUUACUUGUUUUUUUUUUUUUUUUUUUUUUUGAGUGGCUGCAAGAGCCACAUAGAAAAUCACCUAUCCGUCCUAAGGGUAAUACCAUAUUUCUUUCUUUCUGAUGGUCAGAUUGAUCACUUUCCAUGUACACAUCACAUAGAAAGAUGUUAACUGAUAAAUGUCUGUUUACUUUCUGUAACUUUUUGUUGCUUAAUAUUUGUAACACUCGUUCCUGUCUGAAUUUGUCACUUUUCUUCAAAUAAGGAUACAAUUCCUGUUAAAAUUCCAACAUUGACCUUCUCUUACUUGUAAAUUUUAUAUCUAGCACAUAUUUUAAGAUGAACAUGUUUUCAAUUCCAGUGACUUGUAAUGGUCUUCCUGAAUUGAUCAAUUUUCUUCAUUUCUUCUGCCUUUUUAGUGUAAUAAACUAUACAUUUUGUGUA